UAUGUAUCAUGUAACGUGUCAGUGGUGAAGAAUUAAAUUAGGUUAUCAAUUAUUCACUGUGGUUAAUUGUCGUCGACAAUUAACGAAAAUCGUGGAUGAAUUUCAGUCUUGUUUAUACGAGUGUUUUGCAUACGUGGCAGCGUUCAGCACCAAUCAGAAAACGGGAGUUUUGAUAGGCGUGGCUUCGAACACGUAUACUUGCCUCUACGUCCGGCCGCCAUAAUUCUUGAGAAGAAAUCAUCGUGUGUGAAUUCUUGUCGUGAUUCUCGGUAGUAGACAAACAUAGUACGCUAUUCGUUCUACAUUCCUUGGCGGAGACGAACUACCGUAAAUAUUUCUCCCGAACGACGUAGACGUUAGAAAAAUGGAUGUCCAGACAGGAUUGGUGUACAUAGCAGUGGUAGUUAUUUCAGCAGCAGUUAUUGUUUUAGUAUCAAUGUUUGGUAUAAAAGAAAAGUCUUAUGAAGAGGCAAUUGCUGAACAGAGGAAACUACCUGAUGAUCUUUUAUUGAAUAAAAAAGAUAAAGGUAAAGAGAAAAAGCACAAGAAUAAGGGAGGGAAAAAAGUAAAAGAGAAGAAAGAAGAAAAGGAGGAAAGAGAUGAUAAAGAGGAAAAGCCAGAACAUGUUCAAUUUGACGAAAAUCCUCAUAUAUUGCCCUUAGAACCACUACUACGGGAGGGUAGCAAAGGAAGUAAGAAGAAAGGCAAGUCUGAAAAGGUAAAGUCAAUUCUUGUAAAUAAAGACGAGCCAUUGGUUAUUGUGACUGAAUUAAGUUCUUCACAACCCCCCUCGGAAGAGGCUAAUCAUUUUGAACUCAUUCAACCAAAGGACGACCUCGAACUCAUACGGAGUCAUAGUAAAGAAAAUUUACACCAAAUCAGUCAGUCUGAACCAGUUGUAAAUAAGUCUCCAAAGGAGACUCCAACAAAGGCAAAGAAAAAUGUGAAAGACUCUGUGAAAAAGAAGGAUGAAAAUGUUAAGGAAGAGAAGAAGGAAGAAAAGAAAGAAACAGCUGUAAAUGUUAAUGCUCAACCAAUUAUCAAUAAAGAUUCUCCAAAAGAAAUAAAAGAACAGAAAGAAACCCCUGUUAAAGAUACAAAAGAAACAGUGAAGGAAACUACACCAGCUGUUCAACCAUCAAAUAAAGAAUCUAAAAAGGCAAAGAAGAAGAAUGAUAUCUUGGCUCAAAUUGGUGGAGACAAAGAUGCUGUUAAUGUGUCCCUUUUGAUGCCUUUAGUUCAAAAAGCAGAGCUUAGCCGUUCUGAAAUACAAAUUUUAAUUGAUCAACUUUUAAAUAAACAGCUAGAUAAUCCGUCAGAACAUUCGGAAUGGACAGAAGGUCGUGCAGAUCCUGUCAUUAAAUUAAAAAAACAAUUGGCAGAAAAAGAGAAGGCCUUUGCAGAUGAACACGAAGCUAAUAUUGCUUUCCAAAAUAAACUGAAGGAAUUGCGAGCUGAACUUAAUUCUGAAAGGUCUAGAUUGUCAGCUAACGUACGACAGCUAGAAGAAGCAUUAAAUGCUAAGGUUACAGAAACCCAGACGUUACAUACCCGUAUGCAACACAUUUUAGAAAGUCAUGCCGCUGAAAAACAAGGAUUCACUCGACAGAUUGAACAAUUGCAAACUAAAGUAAAUGAAAACGCUGCGAUUAUUCAUAAGAUGCAAGAAGAUCAGGGACAAACUCAAGGCCAUCUGCAACAAGAACUGAUAGCACAGCGGAAACAAAUGGAAGUUCAGUUCGCACAAAUGCGUGAAAAUGAAAAUUCAUUGAAAACACAAUUAGCCCAGAAGCAUGUAGAAGUACAGGAAUUGCAAAGUGAAUUACAAGCAACUUGCGAGAGUAGCACUGCAGAGAUAGAAAUGUUACAGCAACAAUUAGGACUUAUGCAAGGACAAUUGAUGCAUUCAGAAGGACAGUUACAGCAUUUCAAAGAAGCUGGCGAUAGGUUGCAAGAUGUUGCUAGACAACUUGAGGAGUCUCAUCGUGCCCAUGCUGACUUGGAUCACAGAUUAAAAAGUGCUCAUCGUCAUGAACAAGACCUUCAAAAACAAGUAAACUCGUUACAGACAGAAUUAAAUGCUGCAAAAACAGAGGCUAAUGAUGCUUCUACAUUGAAAGCUGAAUUAAAUAAAGCUCAGUCGGAGUUAAUGAAGAUAAAAUCCGAAUUAUCAGUCUCUAUGAAUGAAGCGAAAUCUGAAGCAGCUGAAAUUACAGCCCUUAAAAUGACACUGGCAAAUAAAGAAGAAGAGUUCAAGAAAUCUCAAGACAAGCUUAACAAUGUACUAGUUGAAUUAAAACAGUCGACGGAAAAUGUAGCACAGUUAGAGGCACAAUUAGACACUGCACAAAAGAAAUUGAAUAUGAUGAAUAUCGACUUGGAAAAGGCAAUAGAAAGUGUGAAGAAAGCCGAGGACGAAGUCACCGUCUAUCGGAGUGACAUGCAAAAAUUGACAGAGGAACUGAAACAAACACAAGCCGAAUUAGAAAAUACUCGAGCAGAACUUACACCUGCAAAUGCAUCCGCUAAUGAAAUGAAAAUAUUGACAGUUGAAUUAAAUAGGUUACAAAACAAUGAAAAGAAAGCAGGCGAUACACAGUUACAGAUUACACGAUUGCAGGAAGAAAACGAUAGACUUUCUACACAGCUCGGGAAUCUCACGGAAUUGCAAAAACAACUUAAACAAUUGCAAGAAGAAAAUGAGUCAUUAGCAUCCCAGUUGGCAGCAACUACUGAACGACCAGCUGCAGAAGGCCGAGAAAAUGGAAUCGAUGACAAUGUUCAAAAGAAUGUGCAACUCGUAGAACAUGCUAAUCUGUUGGCCCAAAAGGAGAGUCAACUGAACGCCUUAAAGAUAGAAUUAACUCAUAAAGAAGCAGAACUCACUCAAUUAAAUGCUCAAGUUGAUGCAUUACGAAGUGAUGUAAAUAGUCAACGUAGUCUUGCUGCACGUUUAAACGAUGACUUAGAAGCACAAAGAUCUAAAAAUAAUGAGGUUACACAAAAAGUAAAAGUGGAACAAGAAGAUUUAACAAAAGCUUUCUUACAAAGGAUAUUCCCAGAAAUAAAAGUAUCUGAAAAGUCACAUGAUCAAUGGCUCAGAGUUUUUGAAGAAAAAGUGAACACAGUUUUGAUUGAAAUAAAGAAGAAAAAUCUAGGUAACAUGCAUUCAGAUUUGGAGAAACAAAAUAAAAACUUACAAGACAUGGUUACACAUUAUAAACAAAUUAUUGAUGAUACAGAAGGUAUGCUUAAUAAGCUUCAGAGUCAUGUAGAGUCAGAAGAAACAAGAUGGGAAUCUCAACUUCGGCAAAAGGAAAAUGAAGUUGUGAAUCUCAGGCUUGAGUUACAAAACAAGGUAGCAGAGUUGGAAACCAGAUUAAAGGAUGAUAACUCUUUUAAAGAACAAGCUAAUGCUGAUUUACUGACUCUUAGAUCUACAUCACAAUCAGUUUCAACUGAAGGAAAUACUCAUGAUUUAAUAGCAUUGGAAAAACUUCAAGAGGAAAAAUCGCGCUUAUCGGAAGAACUUGAGUCAGAAUGUCAUAAAAGAGCAACGUUAGAUACGGAAGUGACUAAGUUACGUUCUCUAGUUGCGCAACUUCAGCAAGAAGUAUCACAGCUUAAGAAUGAAGUUAGCGGAGGUUGUAGCAGUUCGGAACAGUCAGUGUUAAAUGGGCCACCAACUUCUGAGUGUUCUAAUUCCGAGCCACCGUUAGCAGCACAGACUCUGAUAGCUGCAUUAGAAAAUACUCUUCUCAAGAAUACAGAGCUCGCAAAUUGUUCCAUAACCAAGUCUGUAAAUUUGGUUCAGUCUCAACGAGAAAUUGACAACAGCCCCCUUUCAACAAAAUACUCCUCCACAUCUUGUCAUACGACAGAUAAAGACACACAGGCUUGCUGGAGUCCCUUGGUGAACCAGCAGCAUAAAAAGCACAAGAAAAAAAGGAAGUCCACUAAGAAAUCCAUGGCAAAACGGCGCAGAUUCGCAGGGUGGUUCAAGAAAAAAAUAACUUCAAAGAACAAACUACGCUAACGAAGCGCGAAGCCAGAUGAUUCAAAAAGGAAAUCCAAGUGAAAUCGCAUAUGCCCCCCACGCUCUAUAAGACAUAAAUGGUAAACUUUGCUACU